AUGAGUGAAGUGUUCAUUACACCUCUGCAACAAAAAUGCUGGAAGCAUCAGUCAUCCUUGCGCUUUGAUGGUAAACUUGCUGUCAUUGCUGGGGACAAUCGUGGACUUCUGGUUGACGCUAAUUCAGGAAAACUUACCUCUGCUUGUUUCUCGCUGACGCUUCAUGAUCUCCGUGGCCAUUUGGAUUAUUCCUUUGCAUCAGCAUGGAACCCAGAUGGCCGAACAUUCGCCACUGGAAACCCAGACAAGACAUGCAGGGUAUGGGACAUCCGCAAUCUCUCAAAAUCAGUUGCUGUAUUGGGUGGCAACAUUGGAGCCAUAAGGUCAAUUCGCUGCACGUUUGAUGCAAGGUUCAUGGCGAUGGCAGAACCUGCAGAUUUUAUCCACAUCUUUGAUGUCGCGAGUGGGUACAGCAGGAAGCAAGAACUGGAUUUCUUCGGUGAGAUUGCAGGCAUUUCAUUCAGUCUGGACACUGAGGCUCUCUUUGUUGGUUUGCACGACCGCACAUACAGCAGCCUCCUUCAGUUCAAUCGGCGACGGUUCUACUCGUAG